CAACCCCAAAUCCGAUCCCCACCAGCUCCGAUGGCGCCCAAGGCCGAGAAGAAGCCGGCGGCGAAGAAGCCGGUGGAGGACGAACCCGCGGCGGAGUCGGCCGCGAAGGCGCCGGCCGCGAAGAAGCCCAAGGCCGGGAAGAGCCUGCCCGCCGGCAAGACCGCCGCCAAGGACGGCGUCGACAAGAAGUCCAAGAAGAAGGCCAAGAAGAGCGUCGAGACGUACAAGAUCUACAUCUUCAAGGUGCUCAAGCAGGUGCACCCCGACAUCGGCAUCUCCUCCAAGGCCAUGUCCAUCAUGAACUCCUUCAUCAACGACAUAUUCGAGAAGCUCGCCGGCGAGUCGGCCAAGCUCGCGCGCUACAACAAGAAGCCCACCAUCACCUCCCGGGAGAUCCAGACCUCGGUGCGCCUCGUCCUCCCCGGGGAGCUCGCGAAGCACGCCGUGUCAGAGGGGACCAAGGCCGUCACCAAGUUCACCUCCUCCUAGGUUCGCCGCCCCCUCGUGCUGCCUGGUGGUAGAUGGCCGCUUGUCUCUGGUACUACUAGUAGUUUUAGGGAUCUAUGGAUGAUGGUUCGUAUCUGUAAGAAGAAAAACCGUGUUGCUGCUUUUGCCUGUUGGAUCUGAGUAGUGCCUUUGCUAUAUUGUUCGGUGCGCCUACAAUGUUGUGGUUACGGUUAAUGAAUCUAUGCUGCGUAUAUGAUUA